AUGUCUGGAGCUACGAAGAAACGAACCAUUGACGCGUUUUUCAAGCCGCCAAAUAAGAAACCACGCGUUGAAGAGACCCAAAAUGUAGGAACGGAUCAAAUGGGCUCGGCGGCGCCAGAAGAAGAACAAAAUUUGGAGUAUUCUACUCAUCCUACAUAUCCAUUUCCGAUUCAAACUUUUCCAAAACCAAUCGAAUUAGAAUUGGCGUCCCUCCCUUCAACGACUGGAAGAGUAAUGAAUGACCAGUUGGAUCUUGAUUUGUUAUAUUUUGAACCAUAUAUUCCCAAGUAUCUGGAACGAGGGGUCUUUACCUUUCUACGCUCAAAGCUGCCAUUCUACAGGGUAGAAUAUGAUAUCAAACGUGGUGGAAUAGAAACUAGAAUACGGACACCCAGGUACACGACAGUUUUUGGUCUGGAUGAAACGUCCCGUUUUGAUGAGUCUGGUGAAGUAGUAGAUGCCGCUUCUGGUCGAAAAAUUGUCAAGGACAAGAAUUACUCAAAAUACGCACCUCGACCGAUACCAAAAUGUUUGGACGACCUGCGUAAGUCGACCGAAGCAGCAACUAAUUGCAAAUUCAACUUUUGUCUCGUCAACUAUUAUGCUUCUGGUUCAGACAGUAUUUCCUAUCAUAGCGAUGAUGAAAGAUUCCUGGGAAGUCUACCGGCAAUAGCGUCUUUCUCUUUGGGUGCAAGGAGAGACUUCUUAAUGAAGCAUAAACCGAUUGCUCCAAACGACAACGCACCAUCGCCGCCAGAAACUAAGCCUAUAAAACUACCACUAGCCAGUGGAGAUAUGAUAUUGAUGAAAGGAAGAACUCAAGCAAAUUGGCUACACUCAAUACCUAAGAGAACAGGAAAGAACGCUGAUGACGGUGGAAGAAUAAACAUUACCUUCAGAAAGGCCAUGGUGAAAGGAGGUACGGAGAACUACUACAAUUAUAAUGUUGGCACCGGGCCAGUCUACAGGUGGAACGAGACAUCUGGCGAGAUGAAGUUGUGGCAGAAACAAUAA